AUGUUGAGUAGAGCAAACGAUAGAUUAGCAAAGCUCUCACAACAUUUGGAUGUGUGCGGUACUUCUGCUGAGAUCACCUCUUCCACAACAUCAUCUGCAACAACAGAGUCUGCCAUUGCUAUCAAACCAAAGCCAAAGAUAUCAAAGCCUCAUGAUGAUAAUAUAGAGUCUGAUGGAUCGAUCGCAAGGGAGAAGCUCAAUGAGGAGGAGUUGGACUUAACAGUGGAGUUGAAUACAGGUACAAACACUUAUGAGAUGAAGCCAGUUCCAAAUACUUUGUCAUUCGAUCAGGGAUUCUUCCAUGCGAUCAGAGCGAUUGAGUUGCUGACUGAGCAUGACAAGCAACGAGUGGUGGUCAUUGGCAUUGCUGGUCCAGUUGGCGCAGGCAAGACAACUCUGGCGCACAAAAUAUCAUCCCUCGUCAACGCCAUAGUAUUCGACCUUCAAGACUUUAUCCGUAUCGACAUGGUCAAGGACAACAACUAUGAUGAUCCAGUGCUGAUAGACUUUGAUCGUGUUGUUGACACAAUGAAGAGAUUGAGGAUGAAUGAAGUUGUGGAGAUACCAAAGAUCAUUAGACAUAAGGAGACUGGCAAUAUUAUCAAGGUGGAACAACAUAAGGUAUCAUUGAACCAAUCAAAGGUACUCAUACUUGAAGGUAGCUAUGCACUCAGCGCAAAAAUCAGGCCCAUCCUAGACAUCAGCAUUGCCAUCACUGGCGGUGUCCAUCUCGACCUAAUCAAAAGAAUCAUGAGGGAUAUCGUCGUCAACAAAAGUUCAUCAAAGGAUGUACUGUUACAAAUUACCAAUGUAGUAUUUCCAAUGUUCAAGGCAUUCGUUGAGCCAGACUUGGAUAAUGCCAAGAUCAAGAUACAUUCGUCGUAUAACCCGAUGAGUCAGGUGGUCGAGCCAACAUAUGUCUGCAAGGCCAAGUACGAACCACAGAAGGAGCACUUUGAUCAAUUCCUCUCAUCACUCAAUGUCAAGCCUGUCAAGAAGAUCUUCUCGGACAUGUACCUCUACCCGCCCAAGUACGGCUCUGACGGCAUCUCCCAAGCCGACAAGACCAACUGGAUCCGAAUCCGACGUACCGAUCGCGGUCAAUUCAAUAUAUACUUCUACAGAGAGAUAAUGGACGCCAACAUCAAUACUAGACCAUCACUUAAUUUCGAGAUAUCGGUAAAGACGAUUGGAGGACUGUUGUCACUUGGUUAUCAGAUUGGCGCCAUACUGAAUAGAACGAUCGAGGUUUGGUACGAGCGCAAUGGUAUCAUCAUCACAAAGGAGUAUAUCAAGGAGUUGGAGAAAUACUUUAUCCAGAUCAAGGGUCAGAGUAGACGCGAGGUGAUGAGCUUCGCCGACAAGCUCAAGAUGACCAAUAUUCACGUGCCACAGACCUUCCUCUAUCUCUACUUCAAGAAGCUCAAGAAGAGCAAGCUGAGACUGGAGGAGAUGGAGCGUGGCGUGGCCAGCGGAGCCAUCAUCGCCAAGAACAACACCAGCAGCAACAAGAAGAACAAGAAGACGACGACGACGACGACGACUCAGCAGCAAAUGUCCAAAUGA